AUGGCCUCAAGUUUAAACUUUAAUCAACCGCAAGAUCAAUGGAUCAUUGCUAUCAAUAACAUCAUCCACAGCAAUGACACUGAUGUUCCUAUUUGUGUCUUUAAAGUGCCUGACUUUCUAAAAGCUUCCAAACCAGAAGCUUAUUGUCCACAAGUAGUAGGAUUAGGACUAUUGCAUCAUAACCGAUUGGAGCUUGAAUCAAUGCAGAUGUACAAGGUUGGUGUAGCAAGAAAAAUGCAUAAGGGGUUUGGAAGAAUUGAGUUCAAAGAACUCAUUUCUGAACUAAAGCAGCUAGUUCCAUCUGUACGUUCUUGUUACCAAAUGUACUUGAAAGCUGAUGACUCUGAAAUAGCAUAUGCAAUGGCUAUUAAUGCUUUGUUUCUAUUUGAGUUGCUAUGUUAUUAUGGCGUUGGCAAAGAUACUCUAACCUCUUCAAAUAUUUUGCAUGGCUUAGUUGACACCGCAGGAACGAGACUGGCCCAAGAUGGGAUGCUCAGAGAUACAAUGAUGCUUGAGAACCAAAUUCCAAUUAUUGUGCUGAAAAAUAUCUUGCUCAUUGAAUGCUCAGAGCCAAACUCAAGCAAUGUUGCAUCUAAGAAGAAAAAGAAGUCAACUAUCAUUGAGAAAUUUCUUCCUCAAAUGUUGUUGGGUUAUUGUAAAGCACUCUCUCCACUCCAUGUGCUAGAGAACUACCUAGCUUCCAUAGCUUUGAAGCAUCCUCAUUUGUUGGACCUUUUGUACCACUUGAUUAUGCUCAAAGAGCCACCGGAAGAGGAGGCACCCAAAGAGGAAGAAGAAGAAGAAGAAGAAGAAGACAUGCCACAAUCAAGAAUUACGACUGAAGUUGCAGGUAUACUAGUAAAAGGUUUACUUGAGCUACCAUGGUCAAAUCUUGAUUCCUCCUCUAUUAAUAAUAAUGCUUUGGAUGAAAAGGAAAUUUUGGUUCCAACAGCAUCAAAACUUUGUGAUGGAGGGGUGAAAUUCUCCUUCACAAACCACAUCACAGCCAUUGGGUUUGACCAUGGCGCAACCACAUUUAAGCUCCCUAACAUUAAAAUAGAUGUUAACUCAGAGGUUAUAAUUAGAAACCUUGUGGCAUUUGAAGCAACGUCCAAGUUUGAUGAGUCUGAGUCUGAGUCUCUGGUUUUUACACAGUAUAUUGAAUUGAUGAAUGGGAUUAUAGAGACCACAAAAGAUGUGAAGGUAUUGAGGCAUCAUGGAAUUCUGAAAACUGAGUCCUUGAAGGAUGACGAGGUUGUAAAGAUCUUCAGUGGCAUGAGCAAGUCUGUACAAUUAGCAAGUACACAUGAAUUGUACAAGGCAAUUGCAGAUGUUAACAACUACUAUAAUGGUUUACGAAAGGCUAAGGCUCGCAAAUUCGCCAAGAAGUGUGUAUUUACUUUAUGGAAUGUUCGCACGCUUUUUGCUGCAAUCUUGUUCCGUCUCUGAUGACUCUCCAGACGUGUUGCUCUGUCUAUGGCUGCUCUCGAAUAUUCAACAAUAGCAGUUAAUACAUUGUGUUUAUGGCUUGUGAGUGUCUUUCUUCAUGUUCUCUGUGGCAUUAUGAUAAAGCUUCAGCUGUGUUGUGAUUCAUUUGAUUUAAAAUUUCUUGUCCAGGUCUCUUCAGGCACAUCAGUCAUAUAACCAUGUGAUCGUGGCUUGCAAGCAUCUUCCAUUUUUUCUUGAGUGUUUUUAUUCCUAUAUGUAGCAUUAUGAUCAAGUUUCUAUGGUUUUGUUUUUUUAUUAUAAUCUGUACUAGAAUGAGCAAGUUUCUAUGGUCUCCCGACAAGCUUGGAUUGCAAGAAUCAUCUUUUAUAUAUUUAUUUUUGCUAAAUUUGCAAGUCUACUUGCAUGUACAUGCUCUAAUACAAACCCCAUGCUCUUAUCUCUCAGCUAUUUCAAUGGAGCAAGGAAUUACGAAAGAUUAUAGAAAUGUAUGGCCCAUAAAACAUUAACAUUUUUUUUAGUAACCCAAAUACGAAGCAUCUACCAAUGGAAUAUA